AUGGGGCGCAAGCGGGCUUGCGAUGCGUGUCACAAGAGAAAGAUUCAGUGUGAACCUGCCCAUCCCUCCUGUGACUGGUGUAAACACCAUGACCUCGAAUGCACCUUUGAUCGUGAGAUACGCCCGAGGAAGAGGGGCGUGUCCAAGAAGCCAUCGAGCACAAAAUUAAAUAACAGGCCGAGUCCUCACGCACCUGAAGAGAUCCUGACCCACAAGCUGCAGCCGCUCAAGGCUCUGUUGACGGACCCUCUGACCGCUCCAGCGCCGCUGUCCUCUUCCACAAACGCCUUCUCCCCGUGCAGAGAUCCCGAGGGUCUGCCUCCACCGUCCCCCGUAUCUAGCUCCCGGCCCUGUUUCGGCAAGCUGCACUUUGCCGGGUACCACCUUGGCGAGAUCAGCUCGUACAACGGAGUUCCGCAUUUCUCGACCACGGGCCGGGAGUGGAUUCACUCCCGUGCCGGCCAGGCCCCCGUAUUUCCUGCCGUGUGGGAUGACGAUGAAGUUGACCACGGUGCGCCGCAGCUGGGCAAGGAGGAUGUGCUGCCGCCCAUCGAGGAGCCGCCGUCCCUGCCGGACAGGGCCGUGACCGAUCGAUACCUCGCCUUCUUCGGCACCUCUCACUUCAGGUUGGUGUUCCCUGUGUUGGACACUGUUCUGUUUGAGGAGAUCAUAGACACCGCCUACGGCCUGGGAAGCCCCGGUCCCCAUGAGCUUCUUGUUGCCAAAACCUGUGUCUUUGCCUUUCUAUGCAUGGUGACCUUAUUUGUGGGCUCCGAAUCGCCGGUAGUGCCGCCAAUAGAAGGAGACGUGAUGGCUGCAAAGGCUCAGCAUUUGCUCCCAGCCGCGCUGCGUCGCGAUUUUACUCUGACUAGUUUGCAGACCAUGAUCAUGUUGCUCUUUGCCGGCCGGGUUCAGUCCUCUCUCAUAUGUCUCUCCCUCGCCUGUCGCAUCAUGUUUAUGCUGGGCGCACACACCAUCGCCAACCCUUGGUCAUCCUCUUCGCCGGCGUCGCGGGCAUCAAAGCUUCUCCGCAAGCUCUUUUGGUUGACCUACAACUUUGACAAGGAGCUCUCUCUGCGUACUGGCCAGCCGCCUUGCAUCCCAGACGAACAUUGCGACCUGUCGCUGCCGCCCAACUAUGCCCUGACUCAGUACCUCGACCGGUAUAUGCAAGUCGACCACGAUGAUGAGACCAUGAUCCCAAGCUUGCCUGGCGACUUGAGGUUGACGCUCAUCAAGUCAAAAACAUGUCAGCUGCUCUACUCGGCCGAAGCCCUCCGCAAGACAGACGCCGAGCUGUUGCGGAAUAUACGAGAACUCGACGAUGAGCUGGAAAAGUGGCGGCUCUCUGUCCCGCUCAAACACAGGCCCGCCCUUUCGAUUUCCCGCCAUGUGGGAGUCAACAAAGCCCUGAGUGAAGCCCACGACAGUGUUCGAACCAUUGUCAUCAAUUUUGAGUAUCAUUACCUGGUAGCCACCAUCCACCGCGCCACGGGAAGAUGUCGGGCUUGGGGCGCUCAUGGCGAGGUGGUGCCUGGUGAGGAGAUGAAGGGCGUCAGCUCUAGUCUGGCUCUGAGUGUAGAAGCUAGCCGUUCUACGUUGCUCUACCUGAGGAGUGCGCUUCCCGUGCUGAUGGCGCCAGAGGUAUUCUGUAUGAUGCUGUUCUACCCCAUGUCGGCAGUUCUCAACAUCUUCUGCAGCGUCUUAUUAAACCCCCUGGAGCCACAAGCGGAAGCUGAUGUCGCAUUGUUAGACUCGGCGCCUGAAAUGAUCAGGAAUAUGAGGAUCAAGCAGGUUGCCAAAAAUGAGAUACUGCAGCUCAAACUAGUUGAAGAGUUCAUUACUGAACUGUCCAGGCUCAGCCGGUGUGCUAUUGUCGAGGCGGCCAGAAGACAUGGAGUUAUGGAUAUCGACGGGGGAGGGUAA